CAGAUGAGGUAGUUGGAAGGCUUGCUUAGCCACAGUCUUUAUUGGUCGUUCCACUUGAACGCGGAUUCAGUUGCUGGCUGUCAUCGGUCAGUGCCGGGUGCCCGGAUAGUUAAGAUCGGUGAAUAUUGGCAAACAAUAAAAAGGCCAUCGCACUGUGUGUAUAGAAAAUGUUCGCCCAAUGGUGGUCGUGGAUGGUGCUGCUGGCGCUGACCGGCGUGGUUCGAGGCCAGAGUGAUCUUUUCGAGCUGUCGAUCGUUCACAUAAAUGAUUUUCACGCGCGUUUCGAAGAAGUCAAUACGGCUAGUGUGUCGUGUAAUCCGGAGAAAGAUGAAGUUUGCGUGGGUGGAUAUGCCAGGACGGUGACGGUGCUGAAAAAAUUGCUCGCCGAAAGAACUAACCCAAUCUACCUGAAUGCGGGAGACAACUUUCAAGGCACCUUGUGGUACAACAUUCACCGAUGGAAUGCAACGGUGGAAUUCUUGAACAUGGUACCGGCCGAUGCGAUGACAAUCGGCAACCACGAGUUCGACCACGGCGUGGAAGGAGUUGUUCCUUUCCUGGAGAACAUCGAUUCUACGGUCCUGUUGGUCAACGUGGACAAUAGCGAAGAGCCCGAGUUCAAAAAGUUCCAAAAGUCGAUGAUGAUCGAACGGAAUGGGCGCAAAAUUGGGCUGAUUGGAGUCAUUCUGCAGACUACGUACGACAUUGCCAAUACGGGUAACCUAAUCUUCUCCGAUGAGUCGGAAACCGUACGGGAAGAAGCGGAGCUAUUGAAGCAGCAGGGCGCUAAUAUAAUUGUUGUGAUUUCGCACUGCGGAUUGGAUGUGGAUAAAAUAAUUGCUGAAAAUGCGGGUCCCGAAAUUGACAUCAUAGUUGGGGGGCAUUCGCACACCUUCCUGUACACUGGGGAUCAUCCGACCAUUCCGGGUACGUCGCAGGGAGAAUACCCGACGGUCGUGACACAGCAGGGCGGACACAAGGUGCUAAUUGUGCAGGCGGCGGCGUAUACCAAGUUCGUGGGUGAUAUUGUGCUCUUUUUCGACGAAGCUGGAAUCAUCCAGCGAUGGGAGGGUAAUCCUGUUUAUCUGGGAGCCGAUGUAGUGCCAGACCCAGCAGUCGUCGCCGCAAUGAUCCCGUGGAAGGUUUCCGUGGACGAGCAGGGCAACCGCCAGGUCGGCUCCACAGCCGUUGAUCUGCUUAAGUCCAACUGUAACGUGGGUGAGUGCAACCUUGGUACCCUGAUAGCCGAUUCGAUGGUAUCGGCUUUUGUCUCGAUGGCUGAACCAGGUCACUGGACGUAUGGGGCUAUCGCUGUGAUAGCUGUGGGCGGUAUUCGAGUCAGCAUGUUCCGAGGAGCCAUCAACUACGCCAACGUGAUUGAAGUGUUGCCAUUCGAGAACAACCUGGUUUGCGUCGAGCUACGGGGCGACUAUCUACUGGCAGUGUUGGAGUAUUCCGUGGAGAAAUCCUGGGAUGAGGAUAAGUUCAACGGGGCCAACAUGCUGCAGGUUUCUGGCCUAAAAGUGGAAUACAACGUCACCAAACCAAUCGGCGAACGAGUUCUUUCGGCCGAUGUGCGUUGUUACGAUUGUAUGGUUCCAUCCUAUAGUCCACUGAACCCCUUCAAGUACUACCGGGUGAUUACGAAUUCGUUCAUUGUGGGCGGUGGCGACGGGUUCCACAUAUUUACCCAGCACGGACGCAACAAGCGUUUUGGGACGAUUGACAAUGUGGCAUUCGAGAACUACCUCAAGCAGCGCUCGCCAGUGAUACAGGGAGUCGAGGGUAGGAUUAAGGUUUACACGUAGUCAGACAAGACAAUCGCGAGCCGCUGGCGACCACUGGGCGGCGCCCAAGCGGAAAACACAAUCAAUCGAAUCUAGUGAUAGUAGCUUAUGUAUGUAUUUAUGAGGAAUGACUAAAAUAAACGGUGCGGAUUUUAUCUUGAGUGACAAUGAA